CCGUCAUUAAAACAAGCGCAGAAGAAGAGUCUGACGUAAUUUUCGCGCGAAACGUUUGCGGGGUGGUGUGUCGUCUCCGGACUGUUUCUCUGGGGGUUCUGUUAUUCGGUCCGGGUCCUGAAUUAAAGCUGAUCUGCGGCCUCGUCCCGGGACACACGCGUUGUUUUGUGCUGCUUGCCGUCCGGUGUGAGCCGGAGCAGCCGACAGGAUGAAGUACCUGACCAGGCGGAGGCUCAGGCGGGAGUACCGGUGGUGCGGGGAGGCUGUGAGCGUCAACAGGAAGCUGAAAACAUACGAAUAUCACUCUUUGGCCAUCAGCGUGCAGGGUCUCCCGAGGACCACCGUCAUUCACAUCGGCCAGCACAUCCUCAUAGAGGGAGACGACGAGGACAACCCGUAUGUGGCCAAAGUCCUCAAGCUGGUUGGUGACGAGAGCGGGAAGCAGAAGAAGGCGGUGGUGCAGUGGUUUGUGCGUGUGUCUGAAGUGCCUUUGAGCAAACUGAAGCUGCUGGGCAGAGAGCCUCACCCACAGGAGAUCUUCUACUAUCAGGGCCGCAGCUGUGACGACGAGGUGGACGCCGAGUCCAUCCUCAGACCUGUGCAGGUGAAGCACCUGGAUGAAGCAGCUCCGUUUCCACACUCUGAGGACAAAGACACUCUGUAUGUGAAGCUGUCCUGGGACUCCAAGACCUUCCACGCAGUGGACGCUCUAGAUUCCUCUCCUCCUCCUUGUCCUAAACCUUCCCUCCCCCCCUCGCCCCCCUGCUCCCCGCCUGCAGCGGCUCCAGGGGCUUCAGCAUCUCGAGCGCCCUCCCGACGCGCCCUGCCGACUCCGGACCUCGCCGUCAUGCGCCGGGCCUUGUCGGGGGAGGCGAGAUACAGCAGGGCCACCAUGAGCGCGGGCCGUGCCGGCACCGCUGAAGCCGAGUCGCUGCACUCCGCCACCAAACUGUCAGCCUCAAAAUGUCUGAGCGCCAGGAGGAAGGACGCCACGGCCAGGACGCCCGGAGUCCGCAAGAAACUGCAGCUCAGCAGUCCGGACAAGAGUUCAAUGAUGCGUGAGGACGUCCUGAGUCAGCUGCUGGACGAGGACUUGGAGUCGGAGGUGAUGUUGGCUCAAAGGCUGUCGUCCUCCCCUCCUCAGACCCUGCCCCUCACCCACAGCCUCACCCCCCUCAGGCAGGCCCAAAGAGCCCCCGCCGCUCAAGAGGCUUUCCCCUUGAAAACUGCCGCCGUUGUCCUCAACAAGAUGAACAGUCCUCCGUCGUCGGCCAGGGACGACUCCGCCAGGGAGCUGCUGGAUAAAAGUCCUCAGCAGGGUGAUGCGAUGGAGGCAGGGGUUUACAUGCCCAGAAGACGAAACAGCACACCCUGCAGAAAGUACACCACCAGGGGGCAGAAAGCGACCACUCCUUCUCGAAAGAAAGAAGCCAAAACCCUGAAGGAACCUGCCCUGGCAGUGCUGGCUGAAGUGGAUCACGAAAACUCGCCGCUCCUGCCGGUCACUACCACCCCAAGGAGCUCCAAGAGGAAGUCAGCCCAGGUGGUGUCGUCUCGCAUCAGGAAACAGCUGAACCUUCUGGACAACCAGCAGGAUCUGAACUCAGAUGGCGAGGAUGAGGACGAGUUUGUUCCCUCCAAGAAAGAGCUGCACAGCAGCAGUGAGGAUGAUGAGGAAGAGGAGGCAGUACUGGAUAGUGAUGAGGAAGUGCUGUUGAAGAAGGGCAGGCGUUCUGCGUCAGGGUCUGCUACUCUGCGUUCAAAGCAGAAAACCCGCUCCUCGACCAGAACGCCGCGGAAAACUCCCAACAAGAAGAUCGCACCCGGCACGCCACGGACACCUCAUCACGCUACUCCCAGCAUCCCCAGCAGGUCACUGCCUGUCCGACAGCCGGCUGGUGUUCUGGAGGAAGCUCGAACGAGGCUGCACGUGUCCUCGGUGCCGGAGUCUCUGCCCUGCAGAGAGCAGGAGUUUCAGGACAUCUACAGCUUUGUGGAAAGCAAGAUUGUCGACGGAACUGGGGGGUGUAUGUACAUCUCAGGUGUGCCAGGCACAGGCAAAACGGCCACAGUCCACGAGGUGAUGCGCUGCCUGCAGCACGCCGCCGACAUGGACGAGAUUCCUCCUUUCCACUUCAUCGAGAUCAACGGGAUGAAGAUGACGGAUCCUCAUCAGGCCUACGUCCAGAUCCUGCAGAAGCUGACGGGGCAGAAGGCCACGGCCGACCACGCGGCGGCUCUGCUGGAGAAGAGAUUCAGUAACCCUGCGCCCAGGAAGGAGGCCACCGUGCUGCUGGUGGACGAACUGGACCUGCUGUGGACCAGGAAGCAGAACGUGAUGUACAACCUGUUCGACUGGCCCACGCGGCGUCACGCCCGCCUGGUGGUGCUGACCAUCGCCAACACCAUGGACCUGCCGGAGAGGAUCAUGAUCAACAGAGUGGCCAGCAGACUGGGUUUGACCAGGCUGUCGUUCCAGCCGUACAGCUUCAAGCAGCUGCAGCAGAUCAUCACGUCGAGGCUGAACAAGGUGAAGGCCUUCGAGGAGGACGCCCUCCAGCUCGUGUCCAGGAAGGUGGCCGCUCUGUCGGGCGACGCUCGCCGAUGUUUGGACAUCUGUCGCCGGGCGACGGAGAUCUGCGAGCACUCCGCCGCCGACCCUUCUGCCACAGGAUUGGUGGGAAUGAGUCACGUGAUGGAGGCCCUCAACGAGAUGUUUUCCUCCGCCUACAUCACUGCCAUCAAGUGUGCGUCAGUGCAGGAGCAGCUCUUCCUCAGGGCAGUCAUGGCUGAGUUUCGGAGGCUGGGAUUGGAGGAGGCCACCUUCCAACAGGUGUUUGUGCAGCACCAGGCUCUGUGUCGGGUGGAGGGUCUGCAGCCCGUCGGUGUGUCCGAGGGUCUGGCGGUGUGUCAGCGUCUGGGAGCCUGCAGGUUACUGCUGUUGGAGUCCAGCCGCCUGGGACUUCUGCAGCGUGUGCGGCUCAACGUGAGCCAGGACGACGUGCUGUACGCCCUGAAGGCUGACUGAAGGAGGACCCUCUUCAGGUUAUCUGGAUGUUAGAGAUACCUGAUGCUUUCUGAUCCAUCAUGUUGUAUUUAUGUUUUCCACUCUACUUUACGUUUCUUAACUGUGAUUUUCAAUUAUAGUCCCUCUUGGGAGAAUGUUAACUGUCAAAAUAAAAUCUACCCAAAGAA